AAAAUAUUUAAAUAACUCUAUUAAUUAAUACCAGUUCUAAUUUAAAGGAAAAAGUUAUGAGAAUAAAAUAAAAAGUUGUCUGUACCAUGAAGCAUGCCUUCACUGUUUAGACUGAGAGUCCUAAAAGCUUUUUAGCAUGUAUUCGAAUAUCUUAUGACGAUAAGUCCGCCACCCACACCACUAUGCGCCGUACUGUAUACAUUCAGCGGCUGGUCAGCGGUCACCUUUAUGAGGUAAACAUGGCGAUCAGCUCCUGAUCAUCGUUCUUGUUCUUGUCGAUCAGAAAAUCAAAAUACCAGCGUGAUAUGGCCUCGAAGAUGACGCAGUUAUGUUGUUCGAUUCGUAUUUCACAUUCGAUUCGAAGCUUGGGUGGCACAGGUUAUUUGUUACGGUGGAAUCGACAAGGGAAACUCGAACACUAGUGGUCACUAGUUGUAGUGUUUGAAUUGUUGGAAGAAAUGGUCGCAUGGGGAUGUAGGAAUGGUAGGUUUAACGAACAGUUUCAAAUUUUGCCCCUUGAAUUGAAAGUGAAGUUCAUUUGAAUGCUUUCGUAUGUAUUUCUGACUGUUUUAGAUCUACCUGCUCGAUUUAUAUCUGCUACGCUUCAUGUUGACAAGUCCCUCAAAAUGGCGGCAAAACUUGGAGAUUGCCGAAAAAUUAGGUAAGUUCACGGAGUUAUAAAGUUUUAGUAAAGGUCGGGCCGCAAAUUUUUUUUUUUCUGUAGUUACCUUUUCUAUGGCACCUACUUCCUAGCUAUAUUAGUUGGAUCAGUUAAGAACGCCUCACUUUUUUCAAAAAGGUACCUUGAAUUUGAUCGGUUUUCGCGUGUGUGACUUAAGCGAACCGAUAAGGUGUCGUUCAAGUCUUCCUGUUUGCUUGAUUGAAACGUGAUGUUCACGAAAGUCGCCUCGAUGGAUAAGAUAGAGUUAGUAUACAUGGCUGUGGUAUUUGUUUUUUGCUGAGUCCCGUAGUUUGUUGUAAAUUGUCCGGCAAAGUUGCCUCAAAUUAACGUCUUGAAAAGUGUCACGACAGGCCUUCGCUCGAGUGAAAUUUAAUUUCCGUAAAACUCUGAAAAAUAAAGAGAUCCGAUCAAACGGAUUGUGGUUUUAGUAUAGGUAGAUGAAUGUCUUACAACACACAAGAAAUGAGCUAAAUCUGUGUCUCAAGGAAAAUCGACCGGACCGCUCUUACAGAGACACUCUCUUAAAACUGAACGUUCCUAAUACGCAUAAUACUUAAUGAUAUUGUGCCACCUUUAAAACUAAUUUCGUAUAUGUAGUUUUGACAAUGAUUGUUGUUGCAACUUCCAAGAUAUACGAGACUCGACUUAAUGUCUUUUGAUGGAAUUACUGCAACCUUGCGUGUAGUUUGAUUGUCCAUGGAAGUAUUUUUUAAGGAAGGAAUGGUGUACAAAUCGUGCCUCCUAGUUUAAGUAUUUGUUUAAUAUUUAAAGGGUACGUUGGUUUCCACGGUGAUUUGCAUUGACUUGAAAUUGUUGAAAAACACGGCUACAAUGCCCUAUGUGUAAGUAUCUGAUAAAUACUUAAUAUACACGUAAAUGGGUCACGCAUGAAAACUUAAAAGCACUGAGUGGUAUAGAUAUUUGCCUUUCACCGCAUCAUUCCGGUGGCUAUAUUAUGAAAAAUAAAAAAUAAAAAAACAAAAGAAAACGACAUCACCUGCCAAAGCCCUAACAAUAAAUAUUUAUCAUAAUCUUUCUUAAGGAAGUUGUCAUAGUCAUCUAUGGUAAUUCUUCCUUCUUCCUUACUUUGUUUUUGACUAAUGAAAACUAGAGACACGAAAGAGGACGGGUAAUUUGACGAUCAGUAACUGACUCUUAUCGACACUGAGCUCUCUGUUAGUCGAAUAAAAUUUCAAUUAGUUUAUCCACAGUUUGCAAAAAUCCUACCUUACUUACUUAAAAAAAUUCCAUUUUUAUCAAGACGUAGGCUUAAACAAGGGCGCGUCUGUUUUCGAAAUGUUUUAUUAAUGAAUACUGAACAGCACAAAACAGGUAAUAUUAAAAAAGGAGAUAUUGAGCCCAACACCAGUUCCACGGUAACUAGUUAGGUGAACUUUCAUGGCGUCUAUAAAUUCGUUUCUUUUACUGGCAUGGAUUACUUGGCUUAUUUUUUGCACUUCUUUAUGUAGUGGUAAGUUUUGUUCUCAUCUGCAGGCAAUAUUUUUGAGCUUUUAUUGUUUUUUCGUAUUUCAAUAAUCCGACGAACUUGUAUCACGUACAAAACUCUUAAUCUAAAUAAUAGCCUGUAAACCAUAAAAUAUACAAUAAUUGUAAAUUUCCCUUUAGUUAAAUGGGUGCGUUUUUCAGUGUAAAAUGUUCAGGCUUUUCCUCGCAGAAAAUAAGUACUAGUUGUUGCAAACAGGAAGACAGUUUUUCAUUCACUCAAAUUUACUCAUUAUAAUAUAGUAUCACCACUGAAAGCAAUUUCCAAAAAAGAAGUUAAGAUUCUAUCUAUAUAUGUUUAAGUUCUUUCAAAUGAGAAGAAAACUGACUGAUAGAGGCCUUUAAAAAUCUUCAUUCUUUAGAGAAAAAAACUGCAGAGCUAUUAUGUUUUAUUGAACACAAAAUAACUACAUAAAUUUACAAAAUACAGCUGCAGAAAUAUAUGGUGAUACAGCAUUUGGAUGGCUGAGGUGUAAAAUUCGUUGUAAUAUAAUCUGGCAAUUUUCUAGAGCGAAUUUGUCGCGAUGGGCUCAUGGUCUAUGUUUUACUUUUUAUGUCAGUUUUGUCGAUAGAAUACAACCGUAUCAUAAUAUUCAAGGAACCCAUACCAGACAGAGUUCUUCCAGAUCACGUGAUUAGAACUGAAGAGGUUCUCAAUGAAGGGGGCUGCAGGGUGAAGUGUUUUUUGGAACCAAAAUGCGUGUCUAUUAACGUGGGUCCUGCAGGUGCUCAUACAAGAACAUGCGAACUUAACAAUGCCACUGACGAGAGCCCUUCACUGUCCUCUCUGAAAAAGAUGGAACAUUACAUUCACUUUGCUAUUGAGGUAUGUUAAAACUGGCUUUUGGCUCGUACGUACUGAAUGAUGACGAUAACGAUUCAGGACAUACAUCUAAUAACGAUGAUGAUCAUGACAUUUUCGUUGCAUAUGAUGAUGAUGACGAUGCUGAUGAUUAUGGUGAUGUUGAUGAUGAUAAUGAUGAUGACCAUAUUACUAAUGCUGCUGCAGAUAAUGAUGAAUGAUGGUGACAAUAUUGAUGACAAUGAUGGUGAUGGAGGCGAUGAAGAUGAUGAUUAUGGUUUGGAUGAUGAUGAUUUUUGUUGUUGUUGCUGAUGAUGAUGAUGAUGAUUAUGAUGUUGAUUUUGGCACUGUUGUUGUUAUGGAUGAUAAUGGUGAUGAUAAUGAUGGUGACAAUGUUGAUGAUAACAGAUGUAUCAUAAUUCUGUUCUUGAUAUUGUUAUUAAUGAUGAUGACGAUAGUUAUGAUUUUGAUGAUGAUGUUGACGAUGUGAUGUUGAAAAUAGCGAUUCCAAGAAGCGAUAUAAAUGAGAUGUGCUGAUAACGAUGGUAAUGGAGAUUGUGAUAAAGGUGCUGUAGGAUAUAGACUGUGGAACCCACAUUGCGGAUUAACUUUUGAGAUGUAGUAUCAGAUUUAAGGCUGCAAAUUAACAAAACAUCUAAUAUGGUAUCUUUUUAACUCAGAACUUUUGCCGAAUUAACGAUGAUCCCUGCCCAGGAGAAAACGAAUUAUGUGAAGCUGGGUUCACAGAAAAACGCUACAGAUGUGUCUGUCGCGAUGGGUUCAAGUUUGUAAACGACAACUGUACAGGUAAUAUGCAGAAGUUAGAUGCAUUACACAAUUCAACUUAUAUUCUUCGAAGGCUCGAGAGCUAAGUUUGUAGUUCAUUACACCCUUGCAAAUAUAGAGUAAUUUCACAUGACGUCACGGCGGCGAUAUUGAUGUUCAAAAACAAUAUAAACGGCGGCCAUGUUGGUAUUCCGAACAAUUCUUCUGGAAGUUGAAUUCUUUUCUUGUUUGAACACUUCCUUUUGCUCGCUUAAAUUUGCCUAAAUGCUGGCCACGUGCAUGAAAACCUUCAAUGGGAAGAAAGCUGUUACCUUGCUUUUCAUCCUCUUUCUACACCCGUAAGUAAAUGGCGCCGACGAGUUUAUAAGAGGGAGCUUUAAAAAGGUCGUUUUUAAGCUACGGACGGCAAGAGGAAGUGGCGUUUCGUAUUCCUAGGCGUUUGUUCUGUCCAAAUGUUUAGACAAAAUCGUGUCUUUAAGAGUAAACACACUUGGCGAUACAAAUUUGGUAGGCUACACUUUCGGUUGACAUGGUUCAAUUAAAAACGUCUUUGCUUGCUUAAGCUACCUAAGGGAAGUAAGGUGCAGGGAUUAAGUUCCUUUCAUAAGGGGAGGUUACCCUUUUCUACUGUAGCCUGCGCGCGAAAUGGGUCUCUGGUCUGGUUGUCACGUUUAUUUUGUGCCUUUGAGAUAUUACCUUGAAUCUGAGUCUGUUAAUCAGGCUCAGAGAUUGGCCAUUUUGAGACUGAUUUCACGAGAAAUUGGGUCGGGGUUUUUUGAACUGCAUUGUGGGAACGUCUUGCGAACGAAUUUUUACUCACACUCCUGUGCGAGCUUGCAAAAGUCAAGAGGAAACGUCACUGUUUACAGGCACUGAGUGAAACAAAAGAACUUUCCACUUUUGUUACAAGAACUAAUGCAUAUUUAACAUAUCAAUAGGUGACGUCAGCGUGAGUAUCGCUAAAUAACUAUUAAAGAAGCGAUAGUGUCCCACAAUGCAGUUAAACACAACAUCGAAACAGACUCUUUGGCAAACUCACAAUAGCCACUGAUACAAAUUACGAUGGAUUGACUCUUAUUUUCUGUAGAUCUAAAAAUAGUUUUUCUACUUCAUUUUUAAAAUCGCCAUUCUUAUUCAAUGUUGACAGAUAUUGAUGAAUGCGCUAAGGAUUUGCACACCUGCAAGCUAGGUAUGCCGGGGGGCAUGAAAUGCAUAAAUGAGCCUGGUUCCUUUCGUUGUGAAUGUCUCCCUGGUUUUGUUAAAGAAGGUACCAUCUGUAAAGGUUAGUAUUUUUAAGGGGAAUAUUCUAACAGCUCCGAUGCCUUCUUAAAAAUAAUGACCGAGCGCGUAGGGCGAGGUUAUUAUUGAUUUUUUUGAGAAGGGCAUUAUCCGGUUUAGUGGACCUUUCUAUUGUUUUAGAACCAGCAAGUCAUUACUAUGGCCUCUGAAAUGGAAGAGUGGGUUAUUAUUCCUAAUUGUUCCACCUGUCUUCCGUGACCAGGUCCUUCGAUCCAUUUUGUUGAAAAUAAAAACCUUUUCAAAACAAUGGAAAGGUGCAUUAAACAUACCAUGUUGAAUGAUUCAAUAACCUUUUUAUUAUUCGUUAUAACUACUCCCAGACUCACAACGUUAUUACUUUUGAGUAUAGAUUUUUGGAAUCACUUUUAGUUCCUACGCAGUGUAGAGAACGAAUGAAUGUUUUCUUUUAAAAGUUACCCUCUCAGAGCGUUACCAUUAACAUGUUUUUGCGUGUUUUUUAGAUGUUGACGAAUGUGAGUCCUCCAGCUUGAAUAACUGUUCACCUAACGAGAAAUGUGUGAAUGAACAUGGUUCAUUCCGUUGUGAGUGCAUUGAUAUUGGACCGUGUAAAGGUCAGUGAAUAUUACUGGAGGUCGCUAACCAGAUUACUUGUAACAAGGCUUUGUGUAACAUGCAUCGUUCUGUUUACUGUGCGUUAUUAGGGAGCUUUAGCCUGCGUAGCAUGGCGGCUUUGGUUGGGCGCGCUAAAUAAUAAAGGCGAGCGAGGGCAGAGAAACUGCAAGGAGAUUGAGGCGGAAGCAACUUGAUUAUUUUUCUGGCGGCUUGGCUGCUCAGUCGUGCUCCCGAAGCCGCCAUGCUACGCAGGCUAAGGGAGCUUAAGUAGCGACGAAGGCGAAAAAGGCAACGUCAAAAAACAAUUGUUUUGUGAGCAAAACAACAGCUUUGCACGUGCAUCACACUUUCUUAGUACAUUUCUUUGACGUUUACUGCAAGACUACAAAUUGCCUGCAUUUGACAAAUUAAGCGGGUGCAAAUAGACGCGAUAGAGUUUAAAAGGACGUAAAUUGAUUUUUUUAGCGACGUUUUCCCUGCCGUCGUCGUCUUCGCCGGUUACAUAAGUUUUCUGUUCGGAGAUCACAAACAUUAUGGGGUGUCAGCCUUCUUCUGGCCACCUAAACCAGCUAAUACCUCAUAAGAAUUUGCCACAGAAAAGAAGUCUUACGAACCCGACAAAAUGGUUUACCCUGUUUGUUUGAUGUUGAUCAGUUUAAUUAUAUCCCAGAAUGCCAUGAUGCUCUCGGUGUAGAAAGCGGUGCAAUCUCUGAUAGGCAAAUGAGUGCUUCUUCGCAGUGGGGUGAAAAUUACGCUGCCUCUCAGGGAAGGCUCUACUUUAAAGCUGUUCCAGGCAAAAGCGGAUCAUGGUCAGCAAAAUAUAAUGUAUCUCAGUGGCUUCAAGUCGAUUUGGGUAAUCCGCACACUAAGGUCACGGCCCUAGCAACACAAGGCAGAAAUGACUACCCUCAGUGGGUAACGAAAUACAAAGUGCAGUAUAGCGGAGAUAGCGUCAGUUUUCAAUAUGCCUGUCUACCCACCCACCUGCCUGCCUGCCUGCCUGCCUGCCUGCCUGCCUACCUGCCUGCCUGCCUGCCUGCCUGCCUGCCUGCCUGCCUGCCUGCCUGCCUGCCUGCCUGCCUGCCUGCCUGCCUGCCUGCCUGCCUGCCUGCCUGCCUGCCUGCCUGCCUGCCUGCCUGCCUGCCUGCCUGCCUGCCUGCCUGCCUGCCUGCCUGCCUGCCUGUCUGCCUGCCUGCCUGCCUGCCUGCCUGCCUGCCUGCCUGCCUGCCUGCCUGCCUGCCUGCCUGGCCUGCCUGCCUUACUGCCUGCCUGCCUGCCUGCCUGCCUGCCUGCCCACCUGCCUGCCUGCCCUGCCUGCCUCCACCCAUCCACCCACCUGCCUGCCUGUCUGCCUGCCUGCUUCCCACCCACCUGUUACCUGCCCACCCACCCAUAUGCCUGCUUGCCUGCUUGCCUACCUACCUACCUACCUACCUGCCUGCCUGCCUGCCUGCCUGCCUGCCUGCCCCUACCUACCUGCCUGCCUGCCUGCCUACCUACCUACCUGCCUGCCUGCCUACCUGCCUGCCUGCGUGCCUGCCUGCCUACCUACCUACCUACCUAUCCACCUACCCAACUACCCACCUACCCACCUACCUACCUACCUAGCUUUAAACCUCGCACUCUUUUCGUCAUUUUAAAAGGAUAGCAACAGGCCAUUUUCGUGUUCUUUCAAGCCUCUGUUUCAAAGCGAGGCUAAGUCCAAAGCCAUUGAUAUGAAAAUGAUUUUUUAUCCUCAUGCAAAUAAAACUCAUUUUUACAUUUAGCCUCAUUUUGAAAGUGAGAGUAUUUGGAACUCCGAAGUGGCCUGUAGUUUUGCUGCGGAGUGAGCUCUUGAUCCAGCAGACAAGUAUUAGGAAAACCAAUUGGGCUAACCCUAAUUGCAGAUUUUCCCAGUGGAUAGUGUUAUUUACCUUUUGAACGGCUAGGGCCUGAGUGGAGAGACAACUGAGAUAGACAAGGUGGAGCAAAGUAUCUUGUCUAAGAAAACGAUGCAAAGACAAGGCUUGAAUUCCCGAGGGUAUAGGUACUUCCUAUAAUGGCCCAUACAGGGAGGCUCUGCCCGAAAGAGGUAUCUUUUUCAGGCUUCAGGUAUAUGAAACAGGGACACCCAGCGACAAUUUUUGGAAAAUAUCUGUUCGGGAGGCGAUUUGAGAUCUAAGAUUUGUUGUUAAAUUUCUUGCUUGCUUGCGUCUCCUAGGAUUUUCGAACCUCCCCAAAAUUGUAUAAUUGCCCAUUUUUAACAGAUUUUUACCCCAAAAAGGUCACCUAGAAUUUUCGGGAGCCUUUUUUCUGGCUUAAAUUUUCUAAAAGGUAAGUUUUUAUCCCUAUAAUUUUCGGAUCACUAGACUUUCAGCUAGGAAAUCCGAACAGAUGAAAAAUUUGUAGGGAUAAAAAUAUACCUAUAUCUACCGUCUAAAUACUAAAAUACGUUCAACAAUGCUAUGUUUAAGUGGUUUUGAACUAUAUUCUCGUUGGGUGCCCCUGAUGAAAGGGUAGGGAUUUCACUAGUUGAAGUACCGUAUAUAAAAGGGUAGGGAAAUCUGUCAUUUAGGCCUGUGAAAAGGCCCAGAAGGGCAAACAGAUGCAUUUAUGGCUUUGAAAAUGCCGAGGAAACUUUCUGGUUUUGUGAUAUAUUCGUAUUUUACAGCCAUUGAUGCAAAGCUCUAAAUUAGGUAUGUGAAAGGGGUACCAUUUGUCAAUAAAAGGUAUUCGCAAGAGGAACCAUUUCUGUCAAAAAUGGUAUGUUAAAGGGUAAAGGUAUUAGCCUCACCGUAUAAAACUUUGUUGAGUAGCCCUCCCCCCUGGCUGGAAUUCUUAAUCGUCCAGCACCACGUCUCCACGCUCUUUUUGUAUUAAUUUUUAUCAAUGAGCAUCAUAUUCAUUGAAAGAUGUUUUUCAGCAACUUCGUCAUCUUUUUUUUUUAUUAUUUUGUUAGGAGUUUGUUGGAAACACAGAUCAGGACACUGUGGUCUACCACAAACUCAGUCAUGCCAUCAGGGCACGCUACAUCCGUUUUCGACCAGUAACUUGGCACGGUCACAUAUCCAUGAGGGUGGAGAUUUAUGGGCGCAAAGGUAAAAUUUGCAUUUUCAUUCCGGUUAUCAAAACACUGACCCACUGCUGCUUGAGGAAGGGGGGAGUGUUGGGUUAGGGUUAGGGUUAGGGUCAUAAGUAACUUUCGUGGAACACACCUAUCCUAGAAAGAAAGAAAAUAAUAAUUUAAUCCUUAGGUGGGAAUGACAACUACAAAAUGGAUUAGAUAGUAUAGAGCUUUCAAUGUAAUGCGUUGCUACUAUUUUAGCUUGUUUUAUUUUAGGUUUUUUAGCCCCUGAUUAAGACUUGUUUUGUCUAGUCGAAAUAUUGGGCAAAUAAAUCAAUGUAAAUUACCAACCCUUAGCUGUCCGAUCAGCCUUGCCCUCAAUUUUAAGUAAACCUACUCCAUCAGCCAACAAAUUUUUACGCCCAGUAAAAUCGUAUUUCAAUGCCUCAUGUAAGGAAAUCUGGAUUACUGAUUCCGGUAUAUGUUUUGCUAAUGGAAUCCUGGGCUUUGGAAUUAAGGCUCAACGAAACCGGAAUCCCACUAACGGUUGAAAUCCCGAAUCCGAAUUCCUCUGACAAGAAUCCAGAAUCCAGCACCCGAAAUCCAAAUCCAAUCCAAAAUUUACUGUACACGCAUUUAAUUGAUACAUUUGGAAUGUGCAGAUGAUCUGGGAAUGGAAAACAAUCGUAUUAGCGAUGAUCAAAUCAGUGCCUCUUCAGAGCUGAGUCUCAAUCACAAAGCAAACCAAGGCAGACUUUACUAUACACGCAUUUAAUUGAUACAUUUCGAACGUGCAGAUGAUCUGGGAAUGGAAAACAAUCGUAUUAGAAAAGGUCAAAUCAGUGCCUCUUCAGAGCUGAAUGGUAAUCACAGAGCAAACCAAGGCAGACUUCACUACACGGCAAACGGAGGCAAAGGGGGAGCCUGGUCAGCUAAAAAAGACGAUGAAAAUCAAUGGCUUCAAAUUGAUCUUGGAGGCCUGUACGCUACCGUAACAGCAGUGGCAACGCAAGGCAGACAUGACGAGGAUGAAUGGGUUACGGAAUACAUGUUGCAGUACAGUAACUGGACUUUGAAUUUCACGCACUACAGAGAACCAGGACAAACUACAUAUAAGGCAUGAGAAAAUAAAUAAAUAAAUAAAUAUAUAUAUAAACCUAACAAAGAGACCUGAGUGGAGAUGCUCAGUGCUCCGGAGGAUCAUAUGCUCUGCCACUUACCGUAUUUAUUCGAAUAAGCGGCCAACCUUGAAUUAGCGCCCACGUUUAAUAAGCGCCCAUCCUAAAAGCAGAAAAAGUUAAUAAGCGCCCACCCCACCCCACCUCUCUCCCACUCCCACUCAAACUCAAAUAAGCGCCCACCCCCACCCCAGCCUGCCCAAAACUGAAUAAGUACUGAUAAGAGACUUCCCAGAAGAUGGAGUUUUCUUCAAAGUAUUUUUUAGAAACCUUGCUUUGUUAAACGUGAGCGUUUUGUUAUUGCCAUUUAUUGUUUUGUUGCAAAAUAAACAUACUGCUCUUGCUGAAAAUGUUGAAAAUUUCAUAAGCGCCCAGCCUCGAAUAAGUGCCCACCUUGAAUAAGCGCCCACUCUCAAGGUCCAAAAAUUUAAUAAGCGCCCAGGGCGGUUAAUCGAAUAAAUACGGUAACCAUGUGCUCAAAACCCUAAUCCUCCCCUACCCUCCCCUUUACCUACCGAGCGUCUUUAAUUCGCUUUUCUCGUUGGGAAACUUCUUGAAAUUAUUCAAGAGUACAUCAUCCGUUGAGGGUCUCACAGGAUACUUCGCAAGACCCUUGAAAAUACCCACAUUGGAAUUAUUCUUACCAUUUUCCUAUCCUUCAACUCGUGAGAUCCCUAUACUUUUAAAAUACCUUUAGCCGGCCAGCAAAGCGUCCUAGUAUAGUCCGUCUUAGAUUGGAAACCUCCCCCCAAACACACACACACCACGAAUUGCCAACUCAAGGUUAGGUCAAGACAAGUGUGCGUCCUAGUGUGAAUAAUAAUUAUGUACUCCUAAUAAUCUGUUUAUUUCCUUCGGUUAGAUCUUUACAGGGAAUGAUGAUCGUGACACCGUAGUUCUUCAUAGCUUGAGUACGCCAUUCAAGGCGCGUUACAUCCGUUUUCUACCAACUCUUUGGCAUGGCAAAAUUUCAAUGAGAGUAGAGCUUUAUGGAUGCAAAGGUAAUUUAGAGGGUACAUGUUUUCAAGUCUGAAAGCAACGGCCCAGUUCAUUUCUUUUUAGGACUGUUGUUGACAGUGACUGACGUUUCGACAACCUGUGCGGUAAUCACCUUCAGAGUCAAAGCGAGUUGUAUCACGUCAGAACUCCUAACCGUUGUUAAUUUAUUUCCGUCACUGACAUUCUCGUUAAAACUGACUCGUAGUAGAAUGAUGACGGCCUUUUUCUCGUCAAGAUGAUACCGGUAUUCAAGCGUGCGCACUGCUAACCUUUUGACUCCUUCCGCCAUUGGUAUACGUAAAGUCUUACACUUCAUCGUUAUUGUUAUUAUUUUAAAUUUUAGAGUUCUUAAUUAUAAUUUAAUACUGAAGAUUUUACCGGGCAAGAUAUGUGUACAGCUGUUUCGAGAAAGGUUGUCGGAAAAAGUGCACGCGACAAUCCCGAAAGGUAUUGUGGGUGUUUUUUAGUUCACUGUUUAAUUUGAAAAGAAAUUUCAAAGAAUGGCACGAGAGGCCAUGGACGUGUGUUUGCAAGUGCUAAAGGAAAGUAACAAAAGUAGGUUCGACAACUACAGUGUCAGGAACAACUCAUUGAUCAUAUCCCAUAUUACCUUUCAGGAUUGUCGCGUGCACAGUUUUUGCGACAACCUUUCUCGAAAUAGCUGUAUAUGAAAUGUAUGAAUCGCACCUUGUCGACAACAUGACUGAUUUACCAUGCAAUUUAUUAAAAAGAAGACAAUAAAUUCAUGCUAUAAAAUUGUACCUUUUUCAAUUUUUUUUUUUUUUUUUUUACAUUUCCUUUCAGACUGGAAAAAGAUUAACAAUGAAUCAGUCUGCUACAAAGCUAAAGACUCGCAUGGAAGUUUUCGCAUCACCAAACAGGGACUCAUCCACGCGUUUAAACUUGUUCACCGAAGAGGAUCAUUAAAGUGUGCAGAAGACAUACCAGCAACCUUUUGGGGCUGCCCACACCGCACUUAUGGUGAUCAAACACUGUCUACUGUAAUAACAUACGAGAACAAAAGUGUUCUCCCGUUAGCAAAAUACAGAGAUGGCGUCUGUACAAAAUACUCGUAUACGAUCAAGGGUAUAGAUGUUAACUCGACGGAACUCCUGUUUAAGCAUCUUCCGUCUCCAAUAUCCGUAUCUAAUGGACAGGUAUUCAAAAUUUGGUAUAAUGAAGCCUUGCUGCCGAAUGGUUGUGCCCAAGAUAACAGUGGUGAGAUAUGCGUUGACGUCUAUGCGUGGUACGCUUGA